CUUUGUGACCUUCAAACCUACCUGCGGGUACCUCCCAGGCAAUAGAGACAGAUUAUCAGAUAUUGGUAGCAGUAGCAUUAUUAGCCAAAGUGCAAUAACACAUGCAGCAACAAUGGCACCUGCUUCCAGGGUUCAUGUAAUUUUGGUGGUGUUGGUAUGUUCCCGACUGUCUAGUGUGAUGGGAACCAAUGCUACUGAAUCUGUGGUGGAUGUUGCUGCAAACCUGAAUGCUAGUAUAUUUGUGGAUUUUGUGGAGAAGCUUCCAGAGUCUCUGUCACACUAUCUGAAGAAUGGAAAAGGACCCUUUACCCUCUUUGUUCCCACCAAUGCAGCUUUUGCCAAGUUGCCUGCUAACAUAAGGAAUCAACUCCAAACCAAUAAAACCUACAUGAUGGAUGUCAUGUCUUUUCACAUUGGGGAAGGAUUGGAACUGAAGACAGACUUCAUCAAUGAAAGGCUGAUACCAACCCUGUAUUCUGCUAAUACACAGAAAAGGGUGCGGCUGAAUGUGUAUCAAAAGCCAGCAGAGAAAGUGUAUACGGCCUCUGGUGCUCCAGUGAGCAGAUUUGAUGAGCUGGCCUCCAAUGGGGUGGUCCACCUCCUGGACCAGGUGAUGUACCACCUCCCCUCACAGUCUGCCGAUGAUGUCAUUGUUAUUGCGCCGGAAUAUUUGCAGCUGGACUACCUGAUUGAGAUGUCGGGACUCAAUGCCACUACAAUAGCUGGAGGUGGCCCCUUCACUUUCUUUGCUCCCACCAAUGAAGCCAUAUAUAGCCUUCCCCCAGGGGCGAUGUACGAGUUUGAAGUGAAUCACAUGGCACUCAUAGCUGUUCUCCAGCACCACAUAGUGAAGGGGACAUAUUAUGCAGCAGGGCUGUACAAUGGACAGAUAUUACAGAGUUACCUAGGGCAGGAUUUAAAGGUUAUCCUGAAUGGAACUGUGGUACUUGAGAGUGUUGAUAGUCCUAAUACUGUAACCCAAGUGACAUCAGCAGAUGUCUCUGUCACAGAUGGAGUCAUGCAUGGUGUCAACAGGAUGAUGCUUGUGCGCUAUAACUAGAUUUUUUUUUUUCAAAAGUGUCCUCUAAGCACCUAACAAGGGGAUUUAAAUUAUGAUUUCUUUUUUCAUUUUUUAUGGAGAGAACAUAUCGUCGUAUAGCAAUUCAAACAGGUAACUGGUAGCAUUACUUUCUUGAUCAGUAUCAAGAUGGAUUACCAGUCAUCAGGUGGGUGCAUCUUUCUGAUUCAUGGACUCCCCAAAUGCUUAGAAUUGGAAACUGGGACCAUAAGUAAUUUCAAUUCACCACUGAUACCUGAACAUCGAACCAUGUGAAAGUGUACAGGGAUGAGAUUUAUUUUUUUUACUUUUGACAGAUUUCUGACUUAAUGGGAGCCAAAUGUAUAAUUUUUGAGUUUGAUGCAGAACUGCAACAAAAACUGUUUAAAGGGGGGGGGGGG